AGGAUGGGAAGGCUAUUAUGAUGUGACUAGUUAUCUUACUACUGAGCUUCACUGGAAUCAUGGAGGACAAACAGCAGAUUAUAUUGGCUAAUCAGGAUGGUGGAACAGUGGCAGGAGCAGCACCUACUUUCUUUGUCAUCCUGAAGCAGCCAGGAAAUGGCAAAACUGAUCAAGGAAUUUUGGUUACUAAUCGGGAUGCCUGUGCCUUGGCUGGCAAUGUGUCAUCACCAGAAAAAUCUAAAGGGAAGAUUUGCCUUCCAUCUGAUUGUACUGUGGGAGGAAUCACUGUUACUCUAGAUAACAAUAGUAUGUGGAAUGAGUUCUAUCAUCGAAGCACAGAGAUGAUUCUGACCAAGCAGGGAAGACGCAUGUUUCCUUACUGUCGUUAUUGGAUAACAGGUUUAGAUUCAAAUUUGAAGUAUAUCCUUGUUAUGGAUAUAUCUCCUGUGGACAACCAUCGUUAUAAAUGGAAUGGUCGCUGGUGGGAACCCAGUGGGAAGGCUGAGCCCCAUGUUUUGGGGAGGGUUUUUAUUCAUCCAGAAUCUCCUUCCACAGGUCAUUAUUGGAUGCAUCAACCAGUAUCUUUCUAUAAACUCAAACUUACCAAUAAUACACUGGACCAGGAAGGGCAUAUCAUCUUGCACUCUAUGCAUCGCUACCUGCCAAGGCUUCAUUUGGUGCCUGCAGAAAAGGCUACUGAAGUGAUACAAUUGAAUGGCCCUGGUGUCCACACUUUUACCUUCCCACAAACUGAAUUCUUUGCAGUAACAGCUUAUCAGAACAUCCAGAUUACCCAGCUGAAAAUAGAUUACAAUCCAUUUGCCAAAGGCUUUCGGGAUGAUGGAUUGAAUAGUAAACCCCAGAGAGAUGGAAAGCAAAAGAAUAACUCUGACCAAGAAGGGAGUAGUGUUCCCAGUUCUCCUGGUCAUCGGGUUCGUUUUACAGAAGGUGAUGGGUCAGAGAUACAGCCAAGUGAUCUGGAUCCUAUAUUGAGAGUUCAUGAAACAUCAGGCAAGGAUUUGGAGAAACCUUCCCUUAGUAUAAAACAAGACUUUCUUGAUUUCAUGGAUACUGAUUCAGUACCUGAUGAAGUUCCUCAGUUGAAGCAAGAGUUUUCUGAAAGUCUUGUUGCCAACAAUUUUGAAGACAGCUCCCAGGUAGCCUCACCACUAGACCCAAAUGGACCUUUCAAUGUUGUCAUUAAAGAGGAACCUCUAGAUGAUUAUAACUAUGAACUUGGUGAAUGCCCAGAAGGUGUCACAGUGAAACAAGAAGAGACAGAUGAGGAAACGGAUGUAUACUCAAACAGUGAUGAUGAUCCCAUAUUAGAGAAACAGCUAAAGAGGCACAGUAAAGUUGAUAAUUUUGAAACUGACCUUUCAUCUUCUAAAUGGCCACCAAGCAGUCCUUCAGGUGUUGCUAAAGCUAAAAUGUUCAAAUUAGAUACUGGGAAAAUGCCAGUAGUCUAUCUGGAGCCUUGUGCAGUCACCAAAAGCACAGUAAAGAUUUCUGAGCUGCCUGAUACCAUGCUUUCUACAUCUCGGAAGGAUAAGUCUUCCAUGUUGGCAGACUUAGACUAUUUGCCUACAUACAUUGAAAACUCCAAUGGCACUGACUUCUGCUUAGGCAAGGAAUCAGAAAAUGAUCUCAGAAAAUAUUCGCCAGAUUUCAGAGUGAUACAAAAAUACCCCUUAUUUAAAGAGCCUCAAUGGAAAUAUCCUGAUACACCUGACAGCAUUAGCACAGAAAGAACGUAUGACAAUAAUUCAAAGAAUUCAUCUGGGGAAUCAUUUUCUGGAAAAGAGGACUUGGGCAGAAAGAAAACAGCUAUGCUUAAGAUUGCAACAGCCACAAAGGCUGUGGAUACUACUCAGAAUACCUCUCCAAAUGUCACUGGGAAAAGAGGGAGACCACGGAAAUUGAAACUGACUAAGGCAGGACGACCACCUAAAAACACUGGAAAGUGUUUAACUUCUACAAAGACUACAACUAUGGUCCCUGGGAGUACCUUUACAGAUGUGAAACCUGAUCUGGAAGAUGUGGAUGGUGUUCUGUUUGUUUCCUUUGAAUCGAAGGAAGCUCUAGACAUUCAUGCAGUUGAUGGGACAGCAGAAGAACCUUCUAGUCUUCAGGCCUCAACUACAAAUGAUUCAGGUUGCAGAGCAAGAAUUUCCCAGUUAGAAAAGGAAUUGAUAGAAGAUUUGAAGUCCUUACGUCACAGACAGGUGAUACAUCCUGGUCUUCAAGAAGUGGGUUUAAAGUUGAAUUCAGUGGAUCCAACAGUGAGCAUUGAUCUUAAAUACUUGGGAGUACAACUACCUUUGACUCCAGCCACUAGUUUUCCUUUCUGGAACCUUACAGGAACCAGCCCUGCCUCUCCUGAUGCUGGAUUUCCCUUUGUUUCUAGGACAGGGAAGACCAAUGACUUCACCAAAAUCAAGGGAUGGAGGGGAAAGUUUCAUAGUGCUUCUGCAUCUAGGAAUGAAGGGGGCAAUUCAGAUGGUUCACUGAAAAACCGUUCUGCUUUCUGUAGUGACAAACUAGAUGAGUAUUUGGAAAAUGAAGGCAAACUGAUGGAAACAAGCAUGGGUUUCUCUUCCAAUGCUCCCACAUCUCCUGUGGUAUACCAGCUUCCCACCAAGAGUACCAGCUAUGUACGAACACUUGAUAGUGUACUAAAGAAGCAAUCUACCAUUUCCCCUUCUACCUCUUACUCUUUGAAGCCUCAUUCUGUACCUCCUACUUCUCGAAAGUUGAAAUCUCAAAACAAACAGCCAAAUUUUACUGGCAGAAGUAAAUCAUCUUAUAAAUCCAUUUUACCAUAUCCUGUUUCACCAAAACAGAAACACUCUCAUGUGAUUCCAGGAGAUAGGGUUACCAAGAAUUCUUCAAGUACCAUCCCAGAAAACCAGGUGAAUAACUUUGUUGUGCCAGCUUCAGAGGAAAACGUUUUUCCAAAGCAGAUCAAUUUGCGGCAGGCACACCAGCAGCAGCAGCAGCAGCAACAACAACAGCAGCCGUUUCAGGGAACUCGUCCUCCAGGCUUGUCAAAAUCUCAGGUGAAGCUAAUGGACCUGGAGGAUUGUGCACUUUGGGAAGGAAAACCAAGGACCUAUAUCACUGAAGAACGAGCUGAUGUAUCCUUAACAACGCUACUUACAGCUCAAGCAUCUCUCAAAACUAAACCUAUCCACACAAUCAUAAGAAAACGAGCUCCUCCAUGCAACAAUGACUUCUGUCGACUGGGUUGUGUAUGCUCCAGUCUAGCUUUGGAGAAACGCCAGCCUGCUCACUGCCGCCGACCAGACUGCAUGUUUGGCUGCACUUGUUUGAAAAGAAAAGUUGUACUGGUUAAAGGGGGAUCCAAAACUAAGCAUUUUCAGAGGAAAGCUGCUCCUCAAGAUCCAUUAUUUUAUGAAACUUUGGGAGAGGAGUCAAGGGAAGAAGGAGAGGACAAAGUCAGGGAGGAAGAGGAACUAUUGAAAGAGAAAAAGAAGAGAAAGAAACUGGAAUAUACUAUAUGUGAAACAGAGCCUGAACAGCCCAUUCGCCAUUACCCAUUAUGGGUGAAAGUAGAAGGUGAAGUAGAUCCAGAGCCAGUUUAUGUUCCAACUCCCUCUGUCAUUGAGCCUAUGAAACCAUUGUUGUUGCCUCCGCCAGAAGUUCUAUCUACUACUGUGAAGAACAAACUGCUCACUGGAAUUAAACCUGCAAAACCAUAUACUCCUAGACCUAAUCCUGUGAUUCGUGAAGAGGACAAAGAUCCAGUGUACUUGUACUUUGAAAGUAUGAUGACUUGUGCCCGAGUUCGAGUGUAUGAACGAAACAAAGAGCAGAGACAGCCAUCCCCAUCCCCUUCAUACCAGCAGCAGGGCUCGUGCCAUUCUAGUCCUGAGGACUCUAGUGCAAAGGAACCUGAUUCUGAGCAGCAGCCCUUGAAACAAGUCACCAGUGACCUGGAGAAUGAUUCUGAUAAGUCACAAGAAAAGAGCUGGAAGUCUUCCUGCAAUGAAGGGGAAUCUUCUUCUACCUCCUAUAUGCAUCAGAAGUCACCUGGCGGUCCCACCAAACUGAUAGAGAUCAUCUCAGACUGCAACUGGGAGGAGGAUCGGAACAAGAUUUUGAGCAUCUUAUCCCAGCACAUCAAUAGCAACAUGCCACAAUCUCUUAAGGUGGGCAGCUUCAUCAUUGAGUUGGCUUCUCAGCGAAAGAGCCGGGGUGAGAAGAACCCUCCUGUUUAUUCUUCUCGUGUGAAAAUCUCUAUGCCAUCAUGUCAAGACCAAGAUGAUAUGGCUGAGAAAUCUGAAUCAGAGACUCCUGAUGGUCCAUUAUCCCCUGGGAAAAUGGAUGAUCUCACUUCUGUGCAGACAGUUGCCUUGGAUUCAGUGAGGGAAAGAUUGCAUGGAGGCAAAGGUCUGCCUUUUUAUGCAGGGCUUUCUCCUGCAGGGAAGCUUGUGGCCUAUAAACGUAAACCCAGUUCAAGCACAUCUGGACUUAUCCAGGUAGCAUCCAAUGCCAAGGUGGCUGCAUCCAGGAAACCACGUACCCUGUUGCCUUCAACAUCCAAUUCCAAAAUGACAUCAUCCUCCAGCACUACAUCAAAUCGCCCUGGGAAGAAUCUGAAGGCGUUUGUCCCAGCAAAAAGGCCGAUUGCGGCUCGACCCUCUCCUGGUGGUGUGUUCACACAGUUUGUGAUGAGUAAAGUUGGAGCCCUGCAGCAGAAGAUACCUGGAGUUAGCACACCCCAACCCCUGACAGGGCCACAGAAGUUCAGUAUCAAACCUUCUCCAGUAAUGGUCGUCACACCUGUGGUUUCUUCUGAGCCAGUUCAGGUGUGCAGCCCUGUGACUGCUGCUGUCACUACUACCACCCCUCAAGUGAUUUUAGAAAAUGUUCCUUCUGUGACACCUAUGACUGCUAUUUCUGACAUGGGAACUAAAGAAACUACUUACUCUUCUGGUGCCACCACUGCAGGGGCUGUUGAGGUCUCUGAAACUAAUACCAGCACCCCUAUAACACCUACCCAGUCUACAGCCACUGGGAACCUUGCCAAAACUACUGGGAUAACUACCCCUGUGGCUUCAAUUGCUUUUCCUAAGUCUUUGGUAGCAUCUUCUCCAACCAUAACUCUUCCUGUUGCUUCCACUGCCUCCACCUCCAUAGUCGUGGUGACCACAGCUGCAUCUUCCUCCAUGGUGACCACACCAACUUCAUCUCUGGGCUCUGUUCCUAUUAUACUCUCGGGAAUUAAUGGGAGUCCACCAGUGAGCCAGAGACCAGAAAAUGCCCCUCAGCUUCCAGUGGCUAAUCCACAGGUCUCUCCUAAUACAGUAAAACGUACCGGUCCUCGAUUGUUGUUGAUUCCAGUGCAGCAGGGGUCUCCUACCCUUAGACCUGUCCCAAACACACAACUUCAGGGACAUCGGAUGGUCUUACAGCCUGUUAGGAGUCCAAGUGGAAUGAACCUAUUCAGGCACCCUAAUGGGCAGAUUGUCCAACUCCUCCCUUUGCAUCAGCUUCGGGGCUCUAAUACCCAGCCCAACUUACAACCUGUCAUGUUUCGGAAUCCAGGGUCUGUGAUGGGAAUUCGGUUACCUGCUCCUUCCAAGCCCUCUGAGACGCCACCAUCUUCUGCAUCAUCCUCUGCUUCUGCUUUUUCUGUUGUGAACCCUGUAAUUCAAGCUGUUGGGUCUUCUCCAGCAGUGAAUGUCAUUACUCAGGCACCAUCACUGCUUUCCUCUGGAUCUAGUUUUGUGUCUCAGGCUGGUACUUUGACCCUGAGAAUUUCCCCUCCUGAACCACAAAGCUUUGCAAGUAAAACCAGCUCUGAAACCAAAAUAACCUAUAGUUCAGGAGGGCAGCCUGUUAGUACAGCCAGUCUUAUUCCUCUACAAUCUGGCAGUUUUGCCUUGUUGCAGCUCCCAGGACAAAAACCUGUACCCAGCUCCAUUCUUCAACAUGUUGCAUCCCUGCAGAUGAAGAGAGAAUCCCAGAAUGUCGAUCAGAAAAAUGAAGCAAGCUCUUUAAGAGAACAGGAAAUGAAGAAGGCUGUACAGCCAGGAGAUGCUAUAGACCCAGAGGCUAAUAUAAUAAAACAAAAGCCAGGAGCUGUUGCCUCAGAAGAAACUCUGAAUGAUUCCUUAGAAGGUGGGGGUGAUCAUUUUGAUGAAGAAUCUGUUGCAGAAGAUUCUACAACUGUUAUGUCUUCUAAGCAUUCCUUUAUCACUGGGUCACACCCAGAUGAAGACUACAAAGAUGUCAGGGAAGAGUGUGGGCCUACGAAUCAUAAUAGUUUCAAAGAAAAACGGACUGUUACAGAAGAUAAGACCAUUUCUGAAAAAGUCAGUAAUGUGAUAGUCCAAAGUGAAAGUAAUGUCCAGCUUAAAAAACUUGUUGAUGUGAAAGUGGAACCGCAGAGUAUCAUAGACAAUCCAGAUGGAAAACCAAGUGAAUUUCCAGUCAUCUCUAAGGAAGAAAAUAAACCUGAAUUUUUAAGGAAUAAAGUUGUGGAGCAACAGCUUAAUCUACAGCCAGAGUCCAAGGAAAAGGGAUAUAGAAAUUCUGUGGAAAAGAAGGACAGUAUUAGAGAAAGAUGGAGAAAACACCUGAAGGGCCCUUUGACCCUGAAGUCUGUUGGAACUUCACAAGAAUGUAAGAAAGAGUCAGAUGACCAGUUAAUUAAAGAAGCAAACAGCGGUCAGCAAAAUUCAAAUGUGUUUCAACAAGAACAAGGCAUCUCUGAUUUACUUGGGAAAAGUGGAACUAUGGAGGAUUCCAGAGUUUUAAAAACUGAAUGUGAUUCUUGGAGUAGGAUUUCUAAUCCUGCUGUAUUUUCCAUUGUUCCGAGGAGAGCUAUAAAAGGCAACAGAGGGGAUGGACAUUUUCAGGGUCACUUACUGUUACCAAGAGAACAAAUCAAAUCAAAGCAAGAGAAGAAAAGUGGGAGAAGCAGUACUGACUUCACAGUUUUGGAUUUGGAAGAGGAGGAGGAUGAAGAUGAGAAUGAGAAAACUGAUGACUCUAUUGAUGAGAUUGUGGAUGUUGUUUCUGACUACCAGAGUGAGGAGGUUGAUGAUGUAGAAAAGAAUAAUCGUGUAGACUACCUUGAAGAUGAAGACGAACAAGUGGACAUUGAGACUGUGGAAGAGUUCUCAGAGGAAAUGAAUGUUCACUUGAAGACCCCAGCUGCCCAUGUAGUUUCCUCCAAACAGCCGUGCCGUACCCAUAUCUCUACAGAUGAGAAAGCUACUGAAAGGAGUCGAAAGACUCCACCAAUUCCUCUAAAACUGAAGCUUGAUUAUUGGAAUGAUAAAUUACAGAAAGAAGCAGAAGCUUUUGCUUAUUAUCGGCGGACGCAUACUGCCAAUGAGCGGAGGAGGCGUGGUGAAAUGAGGGAUCUCUUUGAGAAAUUGAAGAUCACAUUGGGAUUACUUCAUUCUUCUAAAGUUUCCAAAAGUCUCAUUCUCACUCGGGCAUUCAGUGAAAUUCAGGGACUAACAGACCAAGCAGACAAGUUGAUAGGACAGAAGAAUCUUCUGACUCGAAAACGGAAUAUUUUGAUACGAAAAGUAUCAUCUCUUUCAGGUAAGACAGAAGAAGUGGUCUUGAAGAAGCUAGAGUAUAUAUAUGCCAAACAACAAGCACUAGAGGCACAAAAGAGAAAAAAGAAGAUGGGAUCAGAUGAGUUUGAUGUGUCUCCCCAAACUAACAAGCAACAGGAAGGGUCUUCUACAUCAUCUGUAGAUCUCGGACAGAUGUUCAUAAAUAACAGGAGGGGGAAACCUUUGAUUCUUUCCAGAAAAAGAGACCAAGCCACAGAAAAUACCUCACCCUCUAACACUCCACACACCUCUGCCAACCUCGUGAUGACUCCGCAAGGGCAGUUGCUCACCUUAAAAGGUCCCCUGUUCUCAGGACCAGUGGUAACACUUUCUCCUGCUCUCUUAGAAGCAGAUCUGAAGCCUCAAGUUACCAGUAGUGCUGUGGCUCCAUCGGAAAAUGAUGACUUAUUUAUGAUGCCAAGAAUUGUUAAUGUGACAUCGCUGGCCACAGAAGAAGGUUUGGUAAAUAUGAGUGGCAGCAAAUACUCUCAUGAAGUUCCUGACAGCAAGCCACCUGACCACCUGAAAGACGCCAUCAGAAAAGAUAACUCCUUUGAAGAUUCGGGGAGAAUCUCUUCUAGAGGCAACACCAGAGAUAGCAGAAUGCCAUUGAACCCAAAACAGGUUUAUCUGGCAAAUAAAGAUUCUGGUUUCCCACAAAUAAUUGAUGUUUCCAGUAUUCAGGAAGCACACGAGCUCUUACCUAAAAAGAUUUCCAGUGAUAAAAGAGGGAUCCAGUAUAAAUGGAAACAGAAUGAAUCAAGAGGGGAAAGACUGAAGCCAAAAGAGUCUCCAUUUCAUAAAUUAAAGAUGAAAGAUCUCAAGGACUCAAGCUUAGAGAUGGAACUAAGAAAGGUAGCAUCUGCUAUGGAGGAAGCAGCCCUGGAUCCUAGUGAACUGCUCAGUAACAUGGAAGAUGAGGAUGACACUGAUGAGACACUGACGUCUCUACUCAAUGAGAUUGCCUUUCUUAAUCAACAACUAAAUGAUGACUCUGUUGGCCUGGCUGAACUUCCCAGCCCUAUGGGUACAGAGUUCUCAGGGGAUGCUCAGCGGGCUUUUAUCAGUAAGAUUCCUCCUGGGAGCCGAGGAACUUUCCAGGUUGACCACUUGGGAACUGGUUUGAAAGAGUUGUGUGAUGUGCAAGGAGGUAGUGACCCUAUCAGUCCACUCCUCUUGCACUUGGAAGAUGAUGACCUUUCUGAGAAUGAAAAACAACUUGCAGAACCAGCCUCUGAGACAGAUGUACUUAAAAUUGUCAUUGACCCUGAGAUUAAGGAUUCCCUUCUUCCUCACCGGAAAGCCAGUGAUGGAAGGAAGAAUACAUCAAGCCUCCCUGCAGAUCCUGAAAGUAUGUCCUCACCUCCUGUCCUACACAUGAAAACUGACCUGGAGAACAGUAAUACAGAUACUUUGUGGAGGCCUAUGCCAAAGUUGGCACCUCUAGGCUUAAAAGUAGCUAAUCCUUCCAGUGAUGCAGAUGGUCAGAGUCUCAAGGUGAUGCCUUGUUUGGCACCUGUAGCUGCCAAAAUUGGGUCAGUUGGACACAAAAUGAACUUAACAGGGAGUGAUCAGGAAGGCCGGGAGAGCAAGAUGAUGCCCACAUUAGCACCUGUUGUGGCUAAAUUGGGCAACUCCGGGGCCUCAUCAAGUUCUGCAGGGAAAUGA